AAUCCAAUUGCAAGUAUCCUUGAACAAAACAAAUUAACUGGACCCAAUUUUAACGAUUGGCUAAGGAACCUAAAAAUUGUUCUUCAAUCGGAGAAGAGGGAUUAUGUAAUGGAUACAGCUCCUCCUCCUCCACUCGAAGAUCAGACUUCGGAUGAGUAUGGAGCGUAUUUACAUCAUAAAGAUGACAACCUCCAAGCUCGGUGCUACAUGUUAGCAUCAAUGUCUAAUGAGUUGCAGAGACAGAACGAAUUACUGAAUGAUGCUUCUGAAAUACUCCUACACUUACAAGAGUUGUAUGGUGAUAGGACGCGGCAGAUUAGAUAUCAGAUAUCUAAGGAACUUUUCAGGUGUUGUAUGACCGAGGGCUCUUCAGUUCAUGAUCAUGGGCUGAAGAUGAUAGCUCUUGUUGAAAGGCUCUCAUCCCUAAGAGUCAUUAUGGAUAAUGAACUCUAUGUGGACCUCAUGCUGCAAUCUCUGCCUUCGUCAUUUGACAACUUUGUCGUUAACUUUAACAUGCAUAACAUGGAGACUUCUCUCCCUGAGUUAGUGAAUAUGUUAAAGACGGCUGAAUCCACGAUUAAAAAGGAUAAGCCGGUGCUUCUUAUUGGAUCCUCUUUUGGAUCAAAGACUGUAAAGUCUAAGAAAAGGAAGGGGAAAGGAAAGGUUCCCAAUAAACCAAAUAAGAAGGCAAAUAACGACAAAGGGAAGAAUAAAGAAAAGGUUAAACCUCAGUCGAAUCAUGAAUGUUAUCAUUGUGGUAAAACUGGGCACUGGAAGAGGAACUGCAAGGAGUAUCUUGCUAGCCUGAAGAGUUCAGGUAUUUAUUUUGUUGAAGUUAACUUAUCAGUUAACGAUUCUUCUUGGGUAUUAGAUACCGGUUGUGGCUCACAUAUUUGCAAUGAUUUGCAGAUAAUGGCAAGAA